AUGGUUUUAAAAGUGGUGGUGGGCUGCAGGGAGAAGGGGGACCAACAGGAAGGGGGGAUAAGCUCCCAGGACCCUUCCUCCGAGGAAUCAUCAAAAUUGGAAGAGGUGUCAUCAGAGAUGAUAGAGGCGUCAUCAGAGGUCGAUGAAUCCGAGGAGCUGAUAACAGCGGUGGGCUCUCCAGGAGGUGGUUCUAUUACAGUUGCACCUUCGAUUGAAUCUUCUACCUCUCAGAGGAGGCAUAAGGGGUUACGACUUGUGUUUGACAUAACAGAACGAUCCCGUUGGACAAUGGGACCAAUUGGAUUGGGCAUAUCAGUUCCAAAUUCACUAGCCAGAGGCUUCGGAAGGCACAAACUUGUAGCAGAGGCAUUAAGGAGGGCGCCGGUUAUAGGAGAUGGCCUGCUGGAAGCUGAAGUGAUCCCCAUCUUGAACAGAGAUGGAGGAGGGAAGGGCCUUAGAAGCAGAAACUUAUACACAGAUGUGAGCGUGCGUUGGAAAGGUUAUGGUCCAAGCAGUGAUACAUGGGAACCAGUUGAAGAGCUGAGUAAUUGCAAAGAUGGAAUGAGGGAUUUUGUGAGGGAAGGACUUAAAUUAAAAAUAUUGCCACUUCCGGGAGAUGCUGAUGUUGUUUGUGGAGGGCCUCCAUGCCAAGGGAUUAGUGGCUAUAACCGAUUUAGAAAAGUUGAUGCCCCACUUGAAGAUGAAAGAAAUCGUCAAAUAGUAUUUUUCAUGGAUAUAGUGAAGUUCUUAAAGCCCAAGUUUGUUUUAAUGGAGAACGUGGUUGACAUUUUGAGGUUUGCUGAUGGUUCUCUUGGAAGAUAUGCUUUGAGUCGUUUGGUUCAUUUGAAUUACCAAGCUAGGCUUGGAAUCAUGGCUGCCGGUUGUUAUGGUCUUCCACAAUUUCGAUUGCGUGCUUUCUUGUGGGGUGCCCAUCCUUGUGAGAAUUUACCUCAAUAUCCACUUCCAACACAUGAUGUAAUUCUUAGAUAUGGUGCCCCACUUGAAUUUGAGCGCAACACCGUUGCUUAUGAUGAAGGCCAGCCCCGCAAGCUAGAAACAGCACUUUGUCUUCAUGAUGCUAUAUCUGAUCUCCCAGCUGUGACAAAUCAUGAAACUCGUGAGGAGAUUCCACAACAAAUGCGUCCAGAAACUGAGUUUCAAAACUUUAUAAGAUCAACUAAAUAUGAGAUGACGGGUUCCCUGUUGAAAGGUGAAAUAACUAAAAAAUCUGUACUGUAUGAUCAUCGGCCUCUUCCAUUAAGUGAGGAUGAUUAUUUGCGUGUCUGUCAAAUCCCAAAGAGAAAGGGAGCAAACUUUAGGGACCUCCCGGGUGUAAUUGUUGGAGCUGACAAUGUUGUUCGGUUGGAUCCAAAAAUGGAACGAGUGCUCCUGCCAUCUGGAAAACCGUUGGCUCCAGAUUAUGCUCUGAAUUUAUCCCAAGGAAAGUCUACUAGACCUUUUGCACGACUAUGGUGGGACGAGACAGUGCCAACUAUAUUGACUACGCCAGAGCCUCACAACAAGGUAACUUUACAUCCUGAGCAAGAUCGAGUACUCACUAUACGGGAAUAUGCAAGAUUGCAAGGGUUUCCUGAUUAUUACAGAUUUUGUGGGACACUAAAAGAGAGAUAUCGUCAGAUUGGCAAUGCAGUGGCAGUUCCUGUUGCAAGAGCGCUUGGAUAUGCACUGGGGAUGGCAUCACUGACGCUGACUACGGAUGAACCACUCAUGACCCUCCCGCCCAAGUUUUCCCAUUCUACUACCCUUCAAAUGGUACAGUCCACAUCUUCCGAGGUAGAAGAAUAAAAUUCAAUACCUCCCCAUUGGUGUUACUGUGUGCAGCAUGAACAUGUUUGCCUCUUUAAUUGAGUGGACAAUGUUGAGUCUUCAUGAACCCUUUUUUUUUCAUGGAGGGGCAAUAACUUAAUGUACUAACUGAAUCAGUGAGCAAGCUCUAGCAUUAGUUUCUCAAUUAUUUAAGUAACCGUGUGCAAAUUUUUUGGGCCUUGACAAGAGAGAAGACAGAUUCAAGAUCCUCUGGUAUGGUACUUGGACCGUUUGGUACUGAAUCAAUGCAUGGGUAUUAUUGUCAUA